AUGAGCUCUGCGACGUGGAAUACGCAGGACCAGGCCAUGGCCGCGGCCUCGGAGGACGACUUCCAGCAGUUUCUCGACAUCAGCGGCAUGGCCAACAUGGGCGACGGAAUGCAAUUUGAUUUCCAGGGUUUCCAGGAUGACGGCUCCCACUCCAUCAUGGCGCAGCCUCGACAGACGGCCGACGCGCUCAUGAGCGACACAGAUGCCUCCAGCAUGAUCGCCAGAAGCGACGGCUUGCUACAGAACCACACGCCGGCCAUGGCGCCGCUGCCGUCCCACAUGAUGCCGGCGUCAGCGUCGCACGAGGCGAUUUCCAACAUCGACGCCCAGAUCCAGUAUCUCCAACAGCAGAAGUUCCAGCAACAGCAGCGGCAACUUCAGGAGCAGCAGGCCACUUUCUUCGUCAACCAAGGCCAUUCUGUGCCUCCGACACCGCAGAGCCUGGAGAUGACGCCUGGUAGUGGCCAGUUUUACUCCCAGGCUGAGCAGAUGCCGUCAAGAGGUGCCUAUGAUAGGGGUUACCAUCAACGGCUGGCCGAGCAGGAUAUGGCAUUUACACCUCUUGUCUCGCCUGCUGUCACCCCUCUGGAUCCCCAUUUCAAUAUGGAUGGUGCCUUUACUGUGCCAGGAGCGUACUUUAGUCCCCUCACUUCGCCAGCACUCCAUGCUCAGAAUGAUUCAUCAUCAAACUACGACCACAACACUCACUCAAACAACUCACCGAUAGACAUGGACCUCGAGCCCCUCAUCGUCCCUGCCGUCAACUUGGACCUCUCAAAAAAGACAAGAAAGACACAGGCCACCAAAGCCAGGAGUAAGCCUGGCGUCAAGAGCUCACCCAUUUCGAAACCACUGAGACGAAAGACUGGCCCUAGCCCGGCUAUGGUAUCCCAGGUGCUGAGCGAAGUUGAAGAGAGGAAUCUGCAAAUUGAGCACGGGCUACUUCCAUUGCCUGCUGCUUCUACUGAUGGGUCAGACGAAAAUGCAUCCGUCUCGCCAGAGAACCUUUCAGAAAUGCCUCCUCCCCCGAUUCCCGCCAGGCGCUCAAUGAGCAAAUCGCCCUAUAUAAGGCCGCAGACGAAUAUGCAGCCAAAUCACGCAACUGCUCUGCUCGAAGAACAGCACCUCCCUCACCCUGCCACGCCAGCUUCGCUGAUGAAGCUGCCUGCCUCCAAGACAAAGAAGCUCACAACAAGCCAUCAAGAGCCUCAGCUAUCCGACAAUAUCGAAUCACUUGAACUUCCUGAAUCAAUAUCGAACCCGACUCUGGCUGGUAGCCUCGCCAACGUCCGAAUUGCUUCCCAAACUCCUCGACCUGAGCCGAGCACGGCAUCCAAGGGAGUCACGUUUCAGUCUAUGCCUUCACCGAUUGUGAGAGCAACAGGAACAUCGUCAGCAACCCAGAGCCCUGUUCUACUGCCUGGGCCAGCUAGCUCUAGCCAGCGAAAGACACCGCAGCUCUCCGCCCGCAACAGCCGUAAGCGGUCUACGGGUUCGAUCCACGCCUCUCCGGCUUUGCUACCCAGGAUAUCUCCCAAUAUCAAACCCCUACUUCCCGGCACGCCUGGAAUGUCUGUUGAGGACCAUGCGUCGCGACUGCUAAUGUCAAAAUCGAACUAUCAAAACAUCUUGGAAGGCAACCAAGUCCCCGGUGUAUCUUACCCCAGCGAGCUGUCGACAAAUCUCACGUCAAAGCGGACAUCACACAAAAUCGCCGAACAAGGUCGCCGUAACCGAAUCAACUCUGCUUUGCAGAUCAUGGCAAGCCUCCUUCCGGAAGGCAAGAAUAAGAUAGUUUCGGGUGACGACAGCGAACAAAAGGACGGCAAGCAAGCUCACGCGUCAAACAGCAAAGCCAGCGUCGUGGAAAAUGCCAUUGUCCAUAUGAAGACGCUCGAGAAGGAGAAUGGGGACUUGAAGCAAGAGCUUCAGGCCUUGAAAGAGCAGCUUGAGAAGCUGACAGGAUCA